AGACAAAAUGCAGAAGUGACCCCCUAUCUGGCCCACUGUAAAAUGAAAGUAGUCUACAGCACACCACUCUCAGUCUCACAGAGGACUGCAUGCAGGAAAAGACAUGAUUGUGUCAAGACUUCGACCCAGAUCCGUCGUUCCCCCAAAGCCUUCUAACCUCAAAUCCUUGGGGCCAAACAUCCCAAACCACUUCCAGACCAGAAACCAGAACAGUCCAAACCUGAACCAGAACCAACCCCCAUCAGGGGAGAGGAGCCAGGAGAGGAAACAACAUCAACUACCGGAGGGGAAGGUGAAGAGGAUUGUGCGUAAGUUCAGCAACCAGGAGUAUGAGGUGAUGGGGCAGGCAGGACUAGAGACAAGAACAGGUGUAGAGGCAGGGGCAGAGACAGUGACUGGGGCAAAGCAGGGAGACGGUGGGGUGGUGGGGUGGACAAGGACAGAGGCAGGACAGCAGGCAGACAGUAACAGAGGACAGACAAGGGCCCAGCAGGCUGACUAUGAUGCUAUAAUAAUGAGCACUGUGGAACUCAGCCUCAUACCACCUCCAGUACCAUUGAGAAAGCCACGUUCUGGCCCUCACACACAACCUACAGCACAACCCACAGCACAGAGUGAUGCCGUGCCCCUGAGGCAGAAGACAGACAACCAUCUGGGCACCCUUCUCACACCUGGACAUGGACAAGGAAACAGAUCAGCUCCCGAUGGUAGUGAGGUGGAUGAAGCGCCUGUGUGUGUUACCAUUGAGAGCAGACAAACCACAGGCUCGGCAGCCACCCCUAGUGGUCACCAUGGCAACAUGACACAGUGCCAGUGCAUCUGUCACCUGAGGAGAACUGGCAUGAAGUUAGUCUGGGUUCCUCUGGAGGAAGAGGAAGAUAACUAUGUAGAGGUGAUAGGGGAUGAAGAAAAAGACAAACGAGGGAAUGAGCACCAGAAGAGAGUGGUGAAGGAGGGGAAGGAAGAGGAUGAAGAUGACUACAUAGAAGUGACAGGGGAUGAAGAGAAAGAAAAACGAGGGAAUCAGGACCAGAAGAGAGAGAGGAAGGAGGUGAAUGAAGAGAUGUUGGGAUCUUUCAGAGCAGAUGAGCGAAGGGGGAAAAGUGAGCACAGAGAGGUCAGAGUUCACAAGGUCAGCGAGAAUAACAGCCAGAGAUCCUUCCCUUCAAAACAUAACACAUCAUCCAACGCAGAAUCUUCCCUGGCCCUGAUGAUCUGCUCACAGCACAGCUCAUAUCAGCAUAGCACACAACAGCACAGCUCAAACACCAAGCACAGCUCACACCAGCACAGCUCACACCAGCACAGCUCACACACCAGACCCCCUCAAAACAAAACUGAGACAUAUGAUGAGGUUACAUAUGAGGCCAUGUCCAUGUCUGACAGAGAAGAACCACAUCCACCCCCACUCCCACGCCUAAUGAAACCUCCACUGAUGCACAAGACGCAGCAUCCCUCUCCUCCGAAGGAUAAUCUCCAGAGCAUGUCCACGCCCUCUCUCUCUGGCCUAAUAACCUCAAUUUCAAAGUCAGACAUCCAGAAGAGUACCCCUUCCCCUCAGACUCCUCCCUCCAUCUCCCAUGGCAACCCCCAUCAGCCAAUCCUGCGACCUCUGCCUCCACUUCCUGUUUUACAUGAUCUCUGCCUUCUCCCCUGCCCCAUCAUGCCCCGCCCUCAACUCAGACCUCAGAUUUCAAUGAAACCUCUUCCACCUAACCCUGAGCCCAGUGGUCCUAGCUGUCUCAGCCGACACUCAUCCACAGAUGCUGAUGUUAGGGAUGACUGGGUGACUGUAGACGAGGAGGACGUAGAGGAGCCACAGGAACAGGCAGAUAGUCCCAGGAGGAUCUCCUCAGACUGGGGACCUUUGAGGCUGGACGAACCUCUGUACCAGAUCUACCAGGCUAAGUCCAUCAAGGAGGCGAUCCAGCUCCAGAGCAUCAGCCGGAGUGCCAGUAGGGCCACCGUGGACCUCCAUAUGAGGCUCAGGGGCGGUGGGUCCUUAGGGGCCCCUAAGGGCCCGUCCUUCAGGGCCAGGAAUGGCCCCGCAGAGGUCACACUGUGGCAGGAGCUACCGGUGGUCAGAGACAGUGGGAUCCUGGAGAGACUCAGUCCAGAGGAGCUGCAGAGACAGGAGAGCAUGUUUGAAGUAUUGACAUCGGAAGCCUCGUACCUCCACUCACUGAACGUUCUCACUGAUCACUUCCUGAUGUGUCGGGACCUUGACGACACACUGGUGAUCCAUGACAAGAAGACCCUCUUCUCCAACAUACUCCAUGUGUAUGAGGUCAGCCAGAGGUUCUUGAAGGAUCUUCUGAGUAGGAUCGAUGAGAACAUUCUGAUAACUGAUGUGUGUGACAUCAUCCACCAAUACGCCCUGUACGACUUCUCAGUCUACAUUGAUUACAUCCGUAACCAGGGUUACCAGGAGAGGGCCUACAGCUCCCUCAUGCAAACCAACAACCCAUUUGCGUUGGUGAUGCGGAGGCUGGAGGAGUCUCCUCUAUGUCGUCGUCUUCCCUUCUCCUCCUUUCUGCUCCUUCCUUUCCAGAGGAUCACACGCAUCAAGAUCCUUGUACAGAACAUCCUGAAGAGGACUAAAGAGGGCACUAGGGAGGAGAACACUGCCUCUAGAGCCCUGACCUCAGUGUCUGAGAUCAUCAAGGAGUCCAACACACAGGUGGGCCAGAUGAAGCAGAUGGAGGAACUCAUACAAGUCAAUAACACAUUGGAGUUCAACAAACUCAAGGCUGUUCCCAUUGUCUCAAAGGCUCGCUUCCUGGAGAAGAGAGGAGAGCUAUAUGAGCUAUCCAAAGGGGCCUCCCUAUUCAGUUCUCGUCUCAAACUCACCCCCAUCUACCUCUUCCUCUUUAAUGACCUACUCAUCAUCACAUGCAAAAAGAGCUCAGAGCGCUAUAUGGUGACAGACCACACCCACCGCUCCCUGGUGCAAGUCCAGCCCGCGGGGUUUGGGGCUGGAGCGGAGGACCCAGGGCCCAAGUUGGAGCACUCCUUCUGUCUGCUACUGCUGGAGAACCACCGAGGCAUGGCCUGUGAACACCUGCUGAAGGCCCCCUCAGAGUCAGAUAUGCACCGGUGGAUGGCAGCAUUCCCUUCCCUAAAUGACCCAACCAGAAAGGAAGAGGUUGUUUAUGAGGACUGGGAUUGCCCCCAGGUGCAGUGUGUGGAACAAUACGUUGCCCAGCAGGCUGAUGAGCUCACCAUGGAGCCUGCUGACAUUAUCAACGUGCUAUGCAAGACCCAUGAGGGUUGGAAUAAGGGGAUGCGUCUGUCUGACGGAGAGAAGGGUUGGUUCCCUAGCAAAAGCGUGGUGGAGAUAACCAACGAGCAUCGGAGGAGACGGAACCUUCGGGAGCAGUACCGCAUCACUCAAGCUGCAGCUAAAGUCACAAAGAACUGACUACCUGCAUAUUUGUAUGUGUGUCCCAAAUCACACACUAUUCCCCAUAGUGCACUAGUUUGGAGAAAUGGCCAAUGGGUCCUGGUCAAAAGUAGCACACUAUAAAAAAAAAGGUAUUACAGUGCUAUUUGGGACAAAGCCUAUGUCAAACCAAGGAUCUCUAACCCUCUUUGUUUUCUUUUACCCAGAGCUUCAACUCAAGUGCAUCAUAUACAGUGGGGCAAAAAAGUAUUUAGUCAGCCACCAAUUGUGCAAGUUCUCCCACUUAAAAAGAUGAGGCCUGUAAUUUUCAUCAUAGGUA